GAAGCGACAGCGGCCGAGGGGAAAGCCGGGGAGCAACUCUGAGGUCGAGGAUGACAGGAUGCAAUCACUCCGUGAUCCAAUCGUGCUAAUGAGAGGCAUGGCAGACAGUCAGUUUUGGGUCUCCACGCACAACUACCGUAAGAGGCGGAAAGCGAUGAAUGAUCUUUCGUGGUCAUAAGUGCUCACACGAUGAUGAGCCCAUUCGUAGAGGAGAUAGUGUGCUGGCUCCCGUGUUCACUAUUGUAGACGACGCUCACCAUUCUAGCGCAGAUGAAGAGGAGCAACCACAAGCCAACCUCAUGAGCUUCGUUGUCGUGUUUGCCCCAGGAGAGGGCAGCGGCGGCAAAGAGCUAGUGCAGCUUCACGCAAAGUCUACCGGAGCGGUGACCAUUGCUCUGGUUUUUCCAAGUCCUUGCGCUCUUGUCUACGACCACCAAGGCGAGGAGCUACUUGCGCUCGAGUCACCAAUAUCGAUCGACGUGGGAGCGUUCGUUCCUCGCCUACCGGGUUUCAGGCUCAUCUUGUCGCAGCUGUGCGGUCGAGGAUGGGAGAUCGGGGCUCUGACCCUCGGCAAGAGAAUGGCGCGACUCGUGCAAGCCAUUACGGAGUCGGACUUGGAAACUGCGUACGCAGCCAUAGAUCUUGUAGACAGCUUGAACAUGCUGGUCCCAGGUGAGAACAGAGAGGCCCCGCUGCUUGCAGCAGUGAAGCGGCACCAUCGACUGGGUGCUUCUGCUGCUGGUGAUGGAUUUGUCCAGUAUCUUUUGGAAAAAACGGGGCAGACCCAGACUUUCCAUCGCCAGAUGAGAUAUUUCAUUGGUCAGGCGUACCCACCUGGCCGUUCAGCGCCCAUCAAAUGGAUGACUUGGUCACGCUCUUCAAGCCCAUGGCGCGGCCUGUCGAGACUUCUCACCAGCAAGCACUUGUGCAACGCUCGCGAUCCCGAGCAUCUGGAGCUCUUGCUCAAGCUCCCUCAUAUGGAUCCCAGCCGGACCUCGCCGGAGGGCUGGCUCCCCCUCAUCGCUGCGCUGAAUCGAAUAGAAUUGGCGAGUGUCAAACUGCUGAUAGCCGCUGGGGCCGAUCCAACGCUGCCGACUUACGAUGGUUUUUGCCCGCUCGCCAGAGCGGCCUUCUCGAAUGAGGAUGAAGAGAUCUUGUGAAUGGCGGCCAGCAAUAUCAACGUGGAACCAGGGGGGUAUACGGUUCUCCGCAGUGCUUGCAGCGCUCGGAAGGCUGGAGUGUGUCGAGUCUUACUUGAGUGCGGGAUGGACGUUGACGAUGGAUUACCGGACUUGAGGUCUGCUUUGAGAGAUCUCUUCCACUCGUCCCACACGCCCAUGCCAGAUUGCCUUGCUAAGUUCGUGGUCGUAGUUUAUAUAUUAAGCUUAGAAUAUGAACUUAAGCAAAAGGUGGAAUAUAAACUUAAGCAAGAGGUGGUUAUAUUCGAAAGAACUUAAACCGCACUUUACAUUUACAAAA